UAUCUUUGAUAUAAAAGUGUAAAAUAAUGCAAACGUUUUAACAAUUACAAAAAAUUUACAUCAAUGAUUGAAUUGUUUUAAAAAUGGCGCGUCUCGCGAAUAUUCAGAAUUGCCAACAUUGCGGUUUGCAGCAUCGAUGAAGAAAGAAACAGCUGCUGUUGCUUAUGACAGCUGUCUGAUUAUCAGAGCCGCAUAUAACGAGAUUUGCUUCAUUCACGAAACUCGAAGUAUACAUAAUAUGUGGUAUCAAAGUUAAUUCUUUAAACAAUUGCCUCUUUGAAGAUUACAUGAUGUUUUCUGCUAUUAAAAGAUUAACCGGUAAAUCAGAUGGUGUUGGCAAUGCAUCUCCCAGGCCAGCCCAUCAAUCCAUGCCGACAAAUCUUCAGAGAAAGUUUGCCAAAGGUGUACAAUAUAACAUGAAAAUAAUCAUAAAGGGAGACAGGAAUGUAGGCAAGACAUGUUUAUUCCAUAGACUGCAGGGGCAAAAGUUUAUCGAAGAGUAUAUACCCACAGAAGAGAUACAAGUGGCUAGUAUACAAUGGAAUUACAAAGCCACCGACGAUGUGGUAAAAGUAGAAGUUUGGGAUGUCGUAGAUCGCGGCAGACGUCGUCGGAAAUUGGAAGGUCUAAAGAUGGACAACACUCCGUCUAAUGCAGAGAACGUUAUCGAGGAACCAGCUCUAGACGCCGAGUUCCUCGACGUUUACAAAGGCACCAAUGGUGUUAUUAUCGUAAUGGACAUCACAAAGAGUUGGACGUUUGAUUACGUCCAACGAGAACUGCCGAAAAUACCUAGCCAUAUUCCUGUCAUUGUUCUCGGCAAUCAUUGUGAUAUGUCGCAUCACAGAACGGUCACUGCGGAUCAUGUGACAUACUUUAUAGAUUCUCUGCAAGAAAGAAGUGCACAAGUAAGAUAUGCGGAAUCAUCGAUGCGAAACGGCUUUGGUUUAAAACUACUACACAAAUUUUUCAACUUACCAUUCCUGCAAUUGCAACGCGAGACGCUGCUGAAGCAGCUUGAGACUAACGAGGAGGAAACGCGUCUGACUGUUCAAGAACUCGAUCUCUUCCAAGACAGUGACGAUGCCGAUUAUAACAAAUUUCUAGAUAAUCUUGUGAAUCGAAGGAGAGCUCUUGCCGAUUCAGUAUCUGCUAGUAAUCUAGUGUCAAAUGUUCCAUCAUCUAUGAGUAAUUAUCAUCUUGCACCCAAUGCGAAUGCUGCUGGAGAGGUCAAAAGGUCGAUCUCAAUGCCUGGUCCAAUUGGCGGCGGAACCCCGAUCCCAGUGAAAAAUUUAGAGAUGAAAUCAUCGAAUAAAAAGGAGAACUCCGCGAUAAGCACGUUGAAUAGUUUAUCAAAUCCUAUGAAAGCUUCGCAAACUAUGGCAUCACCCAUUUCGCAAAAUUCUACUGUUAAAGUAGAAGUAGCUAAACCGGCUGAAUCCAUUAAUGACAACGGCGAGAGAAAAGAUUCCCUCAAUCGUCCACCAUCACUUAUGUCCAAGAUCUUUGGUCAUAAGAAGGAAGAUGAGACGGAUGGAAAACUGCCAAAUGUUAAAAAUCUUAGUUUAAAUGCACCAUUGACUAGUGUCGAAGAUUUUGUACCGGAUGAUGGAAUGCUGGACAAAUCGUUUUUGGAAGAUAGCAGCCAGGUCUCACCGCAAAAAGUGCAGCAAGAAGAAGUAGAUUCUGAGAGUGACACAGAGACUGCAAAUCCUUUAGUAGCUGGUUAUGAAGAUGACUUGUCAUCGAUCGAAGAAGUAGCUUCUCCUAUACAGCCAAAAUUAGCAGAAAAUCCACUGUGUAAACAAAAGCAUAAAUUAGAACCGCUAUCAAGUGCAGAGAUAAAUACUGAGAAGCCAAAUCAAGUUACAAAACGCGACUCCGUUUCUUCUAUAGAACAAGAAUUACGUAUUUCGAAUAAUUUCGAAUCGAAUGAGCAGCCAGAUAUAAAUUCGGACGCUAUUGAUAGCUGGUUGCGGCGAGAUUCCAAGUGGCGACAGAGUCCUGAAGGAGGUGAAGACGUGAGCAGUACCAGUACAAGGAAGGAUAGAUUAGAAUUAAGCGAUAAGAGUCUGGACGUCAGCAUGACAAGCUCCAAUGUUCAUCUGGAACUGCUUGAUAACACUAGCAUACGUCAUAUAAACUCUAAUGGCAGUAGUCCAGUGAUGAAGGAAAGAAAGAAACAUAAAGAAAAGGGGGAUGAAAAGGAAAAGAGGAAAAAGAAGAAAGCAAAGGACAAAGAUAAGGAUAAGGAAAAACCGGAAAAGACUGAAAAGAAAAAGAAACGUUCAUCGCAUCGAUCGAGGGACGAAAACAGAGAGCGAGACGAGCUCGAGGAGUUUUUAAACGGCUCAGCCACAAGAAUCGGCGUUGACGUCGCCUAUGAGGCGAUUUAGCAUUCCAAUAAAAUUAUCGGUAAUGUGUUUUGAAAGUCCUGCGUAUCUUCCAAAAAGAGAAAAAAAGAAUUUCUGCAUAUAAAAGACUUUGAUGUUAAUGCAUGUUAUGCUAUUGUGAACAGAGGAACAAGAUUAUUAUUAGUGCAAAGAAGGUAAUGUUUCGAAUCGCACACAAUUAAUUCUGUAACCAUAUAUUUAUUUUCCACAAAAGUAAUCGUACAUACAUUUUCAAUCAGGCACAAUUUGCUGAAGAUUGUGAUUUUAUAUGAAAGAUACGUUUUUUUAACAAAGAAUACACUUAUUUAUAUUGCAUUUCUUAUCUUAGAUUUUUAACGAUUUUUAAUGAAUAUUUAACAAAUUGUAAAUCACGAAGCGUUUGUUAUAUGAAUGGAUAUAAUAUGUGAAUAUUUCUUUCAUUCACACAUAGUAUAAUGGAAGUGAUACAACAAUUAUAUCAAUUAAUAUGACGUUGAA